AUGUCUUCUCCCGUGGCAACAGCUUCUAAUACACAAAAUGCUUCAUCAAGCAAUAAUGGAGAUGGUUCAAAUGUACAUAUUGCCGCUUCAAGUAUUCACAAACUUCCACCUUUUUGGAAGGAGAAUCCUAAGCUGUGGUUGAUGCAAAUUGAGUCCAUAUUUGGAAUAUCCGGUAUUACGCGUGAUGAAACCAAAUUUCAGUAUGUUAUUGGCAAUAUUGACUCAAAUUUUUUACCACACGUUUCGGACAUUUUGGAAUCACCUCCAUCUGAUGGUACUAGUAAGUAUCAAGCUGUCAAGGACCGCUUAAUUGGAACAUUUUCCGAAUCUCAAGAGUCCAAACUUCGACGUCUAUUAAAAAGCCAUCAAUUAGGCGAUCAGAAACCCUCACAUUUUCUUCAAGUUAUGAGAAAUUUAGCAUCUGGCCAACUUAAUGAUGCACUACUCAAGACUUUAUUUUUGGAGCAAUUGCCUGAAGAUGUCAGGUCAAUUCUUGUUAUAAGUCAAGUAAGUGAUGUUAGCGCAUUGGCACAUCAAGCUGACAAAAUUAUGAGUCUACGAUCACCACAACUUUUUGAGAUGAAAUCAACUCCUGACAAUCCUGAUAUUUCUAUGUUAUGUCAAAAGAUUGAUGCAUUAGAAAAAAAAUUGAAUAAUUUUUCGCGUGGACGUAGUACUGAGCGGUACCAAAAUAGAAAUUCUUCAGCUUCUGGCAAAGCAAGAAACCGAAGCAAAUCUCGUAAUAAAGAUUGGUGUUGGUAUCAUAACAGAUUUGCUGAUAAGGCAACAAAAUGCAACAAACCUUGUUCUUUUUCAAAAAACUAA